AUGGUCUGGAAUAAACAGGCUACAGGUGGCUCUGCCUGCGAGAUCCGAGCCCUUGUCCGGGUUCUCCUUGUCUCCCGCGGCCUCUCAGCCACGGGCUCCGUCUGGGCAGCCCUGCUGGUCCGAGCAGGUCUGCAAGGAGCGCUUUUCAUUUGGCUGCUGCAGGGCGACCCCGGGGACCACAGAAAGGACGGGGACACGGAGCAGCAUAAGAACACUGAUAUUGCAGCUCCGGGAAGCCAUCAGGGUGCUGGCAGGGGUGGAUUGAGCCCCGCACCUUACAAGCAGGAGGUCAUCAAACCAGAGCAUCUUCAAGAAAGCAAUGGACAUUUGAUUUCUGAGAACAAAGGUCUUGGUAACCUACAAGAAGCAUCACAGAGACUACAGAAUCCUUCCGGAGAAUACUGGGACACUGCAAGACAGCAUGCUCCUGCUAGACAGAUACCAGACACACAGUCUCUAGCUACAUCUGAGACGGCUAACUCCAGGGGUUACUCUCAAGUUUCAAGAAAAAAAAGCCUUGAAUCUCACAUAGGAGAAUGGAGAUUCCAAAAAGAACAUGACACACCCGCUAAAGCAGCUACAUGGUUUGCAGAGGAGUUGCCUUCUAGCAACCUGCUCGUGGUCAGAGCUACAGAAGUGAGUCUUGCAGUUGGACAGCAGGACCUCACUGAGCAUGAGGACUGGGAAAUGGUGUCUAGGCACUCAUCUUGGGGAGAUGUGGGUUUGGGUGGCAGUCUUGAGGCCUCAAUGGACAGUGGCAGAAGCACUCUUGUGGAGGCAAGAGGUUGGGAAGUGAGUGGGAAAACAAAAAAGGUCACAAGAAUGGCUUCAGAGUCUCAGCCAGUUAAUAUCAGGUUUCAGGUGCAUUACGUCACAGGCACUGAUAGGCAAUUCAUUGCAAUAACUGGAGACCAUGAGAAUCUUGGGAGAUGGAACACUUACAUCCCACUCCACUAUCACCAGGAUGGGUUUUGGUCUCAUUCUGUUUUCCUGCCAGCAGAUACAGUGGUGGAGUGGAAGUUGGUAUUGGUAGAGAAUGGGGGAGUUACUCGCUGGGAAGAAUGUAGCAAUAGACUCUUAGAGACUGGUCACUAGGAUAAAGUGGUUGAGGGCUUGUGGGGGAUUCACUGA